AUGGCACCUGGUGGGAACCAAAGUGGUGGGGCAACAGUGUUUGUCCUGGCAGGCUUCCCUGAACUCAACAGCACAAGAACGGAACUGUUUUCUGUGCUCCUUCUCGUCUAUCUCCUGACUCUGACAGGCAAUGUGUUGAUCGUGGGAGUGGUGGGUGCUGACGCUCGCCUACAAACACCCAUGUACUUCUUUCUGGGUAACCUGUCCUGCCUGGAGAUUCUGAUCACUUCGGUCAUCGUUCCUAAGAUGCUGAGCAAUCUCCUGUCCAGGCAGUACACCAUUUCCUUUGCCAUGUGUAUUACUCAGUUUUAUUUUUAUUUCUUCCUCGGGGCUUCAGAGUUUCUUCUGCUGGCUGUCAUGUCUGUGGAUCGCUACCUGGCCAUCUGUCACCCUCUGCGCUACCCCUUGCUCAUGACUGGAGCUGUGUGUUCUCGCAUGGCCUUGGCCUGCUGGUUGGGGGGACUCUUCCCUGUGCUUGGUCCCACAGCAGUAGUGGCCUUACUCCCUUUCUGUAAGCAGGGUGCUGUGGUGCAGCACUUCUUCUGUGACAGUGGGCCCCUACUCCACCUGGCAUGCACGGACACCAAGCAACUGGAGGAGACUGACUUUGUCCUGGCCUCUCUCGUCAUUGUGUCAACACUGACAAUUACUGCUACAUCCUAUGGCCACAUAAUCCUGGCUGUCCUACGCAUGCCCUCUGCUUCGGGCCGCCAGAAGGCCUUCUCCACCUGUACAUCCCACUUGGUGGUUGUGACCCUCUUCUAUGGAAGUGCCAUUUUCCUCUAUGUGCGACCAUCGCAGAGUGGCUCUGUGAACUCUAACUGGGCAGUGACGAUGAUAACAACGUUUGUGACCCCACUGCUGAACCCAUUCAUCUAUGCCCUGCGCAAUGAGCAAGUCAAGGAGGCUUUGAAGGACAUGUUCAGGAAGAUGGCAGCAGGAUUUUUAAGGAGUCUUUUACCUGCUGAGCACUUCCUUAAGAAAACAGUAGAGUGA